GAGAGAGAGAGAGAGAGAGAAAGGGGCACAGAGGGGAGAAAAUUAGGGUGUGUUAAAAAGGAGGGGAAAGUUUGGUGAGAAUAAAAGUAGACGCUGAUGUGGAGAGAAAGAGAGCGAGAAUGUGAGUUAAGAAAAGCACAAAGAAGAGUGAAGAGCAGAAAGAGACAUUAGAUAUCUUAUUAUUCUUCAAUUCAGAGAUGAUGUCAUUCUGCUGGAAUUGGGCAGCUCUGCUCCUUCUACUAGUACUGACCCCUGACCUGCUUCCCACCCACCUCAUCAACACCCAACCCCUCCUCACACACGCCAUUCCCACCUCCCCAACGGUCACACACCCCAAGAUCCAAUAUGUUACCGGUGUGGGCUUUGACUACGAUGAAGAUGACUACACUGAAGAGAACGCUUCCCAUUCCCCUCCCAAUUACAGCAAAACCUCAUCAGCUUCUACUCUGGUUUCGAUGCAGCCCAAGCCCUGUGACUACCACCCCUGCCAGGACAAUCAGAUGCCCUGCUCCCAGCUCUCUGCCCAGACCGGGUGCCUCUGCCCUGGGCUAAGCGGGGUAGACGAGCCCCCUCACGCGCCACACCUCCAGAAGCUAGUGCCAGGCACUGAUGGAGGGGCAGAGGUACGGUGGUGCGCUCCAGCCUCUGUGGUAUCUGGAUACCGGGUCGUGAUUGAAGAUCGAAAGGGAGCGCCUCUCCAGUUCAGGGGUGAUUCUCGGAGCGGGGUGCUGGGGGAACUAGAGGCAGGUGUCAAGGUGUGUGUGGAGGCGGUGAACAUAGCGGGAACCAGCGCCCCCUCGGAGCUCUCCUGCCUGCGCUACGACCCCCCUGAGGCCACCAACCUGGCCCUAAGGGCGGGGGUCAUCGGAGGGGGGCUGGGAUUUCUCCUGCUCCUCUCCUUGGUCGCCCUGGUCCUCUGGAGGCGACAGACGUGUAAAACAGGGGAAAACUCUGCCGAGGGGCUGGGGAACCCCUCCUACAGCACGGAGGGAACGCUGUGAUACAAUUCUGUGUAGCAGAGAAUGUAAGAGUAAAGUAACUGGGAUGGGACAGAGACAGAAUGGCUUCCCUCACCAGUGACUCACCAGCACAGUGCUCAGGUUGUUCAGAAUUCUGCGCUUAUGAAUAUGGAAAUUAAUGAUAACUUUUGACUUUAGUGGACUAAAUAACCCUAACAAAAGCUUAAGAAGCUUUGUGACUAAAGAGACUGCAGGUUGUUUGCUGGCAAAUUAACUUGUGUACAGUGGUGAUUUUAACAUGUAAAUCUUGGUGGGGCCAAAAAAUGGGAUGUGCAUGCCAGCAAAGCCAUUACACUACACGACACAACACUAAACAAUACAUUAAUUGCACUAUAACGGUGACAAACGGUACCCAUAAACUGUUAGGGCCUACGUAAAGCUGUCCCAACAGCAGUCCCAACGUCUCACCACUGCUACACCUGGCUAUCAGCGGAGCCUUGUCUGGCAGUGAAACAGUUCAUUCAGCCUCAUUUACUGACUUUAAAAAAACAUAGCUGAUAUAGCUGACUUGCUUAAACAAAUGCGGUUUCUAAUGACAAUUGAGAUGUACAAACUAUGGCACAAGGGGAUGACAAGAGGAUAAGAGGCUAUCCGUAAUUUCGAUUAAGACAUUAAUGAGCAAGCUAGGAUGGACAUAGUUAAUAUAACUCUUUGUUUAGCACUUUUGAAAUGUACAGCGACAGAAUUCAGAACAUAGGCUGUUCUUAUAGUGUUCUCCCUGUACACCAAGUCAGAACCAUAGGAUAAAUGAAGGGGGAAUAUAAGCAGACAGUGAAAGCUCUUACAAUAUUCAAUGAUUAUAUUUCUCUAAAAUAGGUUAUAAGCUACAUGUGCAUCACCAGAACAGUAGGCGUAAUUAAGAGGUGUAAAUAGACCAAAUUAUUAGGAUGAGGCACAUGGGCUACUAACAUCUUACUACACAACAUACACUUAGUAUUACUUUCUUAGCUACAGUAUACAUAUCUCCCUGGCAUAUUACAUAAUUUAUGCAGCAGCAUAUAAUACAUUUUUGUAUGCUGUGCUCAACUGAACAGGAAGGUGGCGCGGCGGUCCUUCGUGGGCAAAUUUGGCUAUCAAAGUCUGGCAUUCUCUGGAUUUAUGGUGCUUUCAAAACAACUGGGAACACUGAAAAAAAUAAGGUUGAAUCAUGAUGACGUCAUCGAUCUUCAAGUCGUAGCUCAUGAAAGAUGACAGAUUUACAAUCCCGAGUUGGAUGACCGUUCAAAAUGUAUUUUCCCAGUCAGAGCUUGUUUAUUCCCGACUUCCCAGUUGUCUUGAUUUUACUGAAGUCACAUUUUCGCAGUUCCAAGUUAACAGACGUUUUGAGCGCGGCACAAAUUAUUCUUCAUUGACAGCAUAGCCAAUGUUGAAUGUUUAUCAUUUUAAACUUGGAAAAGAGCCCCUUAAUCCCAGAUUUCAUUGACAGCAUGGCCAAUGUUGAAUGUUUAUCAUUUUAUCAUAGCCACUCUACUGAAUAGCAGGCUAGUGAUUGCUUUGUAAUGCUUGCAGUUAGCCACUAUCACUGAUUCCUUCCAAACCAUUCAUCGUUGAAUUUGCGAUUUCCAACUUGUUGUGUAAUGUUUAUGUCCAAUGGCCAAUGGCCGAUGAGUAGAUUAUCAACUUGAUUCAUGAUGAUGACUGCUUGUCUAGCUUGCUAGCUAAGAUUUUGAAAGUAUGAUGUUGACAUGAUCAGUCCAAUCAAAGCUACUGUACAUAUAACGUGAUUUGACUUCAUUUUAAGGGGAUGACUUUGGCCAAUGACUGUGGCCAAUGACUUUGAGCCUUCAUGGAUGAGCACUUCUAAUGUAGCUCUAUAGCAGCACCUAAGGAGCUAGAAUUUUCUAACUCUACCCUUAGACAUGGCGGUGACGUAGUGUCCCCAUGAGUGACAGAACACUGAGCCAAUCACGGCGCAACGCUCCGUAUUUUAUGCUGGCUUGCCCCACCACCACAGAAAGCACUGAGCUAGGCUGAAACACCUGCAUUUUGGAGCUGCCUUACUAAAGAAAACAAAAAAAGACCAUGUUUGUAUGCAGGUUUAUUAACUCAAUCCUAGAUCUUUUUUUUUUACAUUGUUUUCAGACUGAUAUGUGACACGUAUUAAUUAAUUAAAAUAACAUGCAAAACAGGAAAGUCAAUUUUUUUUCUAAAAAUGUGGGGUUCAAAACAGGUGGAGCUCCUGCCCUGAAUGACGGGUAGCCACUGCUUGUGUACCAUUCGAUCAUGACAGGGAAGAGUUAUGGCAGUCGGAUUCAUGUGUAGAAUAAAUAAAACUGACUUAUGAAUAACAAAAGCAAUUGUUUUUAGAAUAAAAGUGUUUACAUCAUU